GCCCCCCUCGUCUCUCCCCGUGUGUCCGCAGCUGCAGGGACGGAUUCAUCAUGGCCGCCUCCAAGCCUGUGGAGCCGCAAGGAGGGCCCGGGAUCCCGCACUGGAAGCUGGCCCUGGCCGUAGGGGCUCCGCUGCUUCUUGGAGCAGGGGCGGUGUAUCUAUGGAGCCGGCACAGGUCCAACAAGAAGGACAGCCAGAGGAGGACACCGGAGGGGAGGGCCAGCCCGGUACCCAGCGGAGGAGCAGGGAGCACCGCCAAUCCCGAGGCCAAUCCCCCGCCGGAGAUGAGCCCCCUGGAAAAAGCACAAGCAGCAAAGAACAAGGGUAACAAAUAUUUUAAAGCUGGAAAAUACGAACAAGCCAUCCAGUGUUACACUGAAGCCAUCGGUCUUUGUCCAGUGGAGAAGAAAGUGGAUUUGUCUACCUUCUACCAGAACCGAGCGGCAGCGUAUGAGCAGCUGCAAACGUGGAAAGAAGUGGUCCAAGACUGUACGAAAGCAGUGGAACUGAAUCCCAAGUAUGUGAAGGCGCUCUUCCGGCGGGCCAAAGCACAUGAAAGACUUGAAAACAAGAAAGAAUGUCUUGAAGAUGUUACGGCAGUUUGUAUCUUGGAGGGCUUCCAGAACCAGGCCAGCAUGCUGCUUGCAGAUAAAGUACUAAAGCUGCUUGGAAAAGAGAAAGCCAAAGAUAAAUACAAGAACAGGGAGCCACUAAUGCCUUCACCUCAGUUCAUCAAAUCCUACUUCAGCUCUUUCACAGAUGACAUUAUCUCUCAACCACUGCACAAAGAAGAGAAGUCAGAUGAAGACAAGGAUAAGGAGGGAGAGCAAGAUGUGGUAAAGGAGAAAUUUGGUUAUUUAAAGGCAAAACAAUACAUGGAUGAAGAGAAUUAUGACAAGAUCAUAAGUGAGUGCACAAAGGAAGUGGAGGCUAAAGGAAAGUACAUGGCAGAAGCGUUAAUACUGAGGGCCACCUUCUUCUUGCUCAUUGGAAACUCUGUAGCUGCUAAACCCGACCUAGAUCAGGUUAUUAGCAUGGAAGAAGCCAAUGUGAAGUUAAGAGCUAAUGCCCUGAUCAAACGAGGGAGCAUGUACAUGCAGCAACAACAACCUAUGCUGUCAACUCAAGACUUUAACAUGGCUGCUGACAUUGACCCCCAAAAUGCUGAUGUUUAUCAUCAUAGAGGGCAGCUAAAAAUCCUGCUAGACCAAGUGGAGGAAGCCGUAUCAGAUUUUGACGAAUGUAUUAGAUUGCGGCCGGAUUCUGCUCUGGCUCAAGCACAAAAAUGCUUUGCACUAUAUCGAAAAGCGUAUACAGGCAGCAAUCCACUACAGAUCAAAUCCUCCAUGAAAGGUUUUGAAGAUGUUAUUAAGAAGUUUCCAAAAUGUGCAGAAGGUUAUGCCCUUUAUGCCCAGGCACUAACAGAUCAGCAACAGUUUGGAAAGGCUGAUGAGAUGUAUGACCAGUGCAUAGAGUUAGAGCCAGAUAAUGCCACAACAUAUGUUCACAAAGGUUUACUUCAGCUUCAGUGGAAGCAAGAUCUAGAUAAAGGGCUAGACCUCAUCGGCAAAGCCAUUGAAAUAGACAACAAAUGUGACUUUGCCUACGAGACCAUGGGGACAAUAGAAGUUCAGAGGGGAAAUCUGGACAAAGCCAUUGACAUGUUUAACAAGGCCAUUAACCUGGCUAAAUCUGAAAUGGAAAUGGCCCACCUCUACUCACUAUGUGAUGCCGCAUACGCUCAGACAGAGGUCGCCAGGAAGUACGGCUUGAAGCCACCAACACUGUAAAAUGGACUCCCAGCUGAUGAGCAAAUGAAAGCUGAGAAGUUAUUGUCAUUGAAGACAAGUCUUUCCUGUGAGGAGAGGCACACAUCCAAAAAUGUGGAAUGGCGGACCCUUGUUUCUCUGCUUGUGGUGUUGUCAUUCAUCCCUUCUGUUAGAUGUUCUUGGUAUUGUGGGAUUGGGUGUCUGGGAUGCUGCGCCACCUUUCCCUCGGACUCCGCGAGGGAACAAUAAAGGCACCUUUUUGCAUGAGAACAGGACGACACGGUUGGCUGUGCAAAUAAAAUGACAGCAUUGUGUUUCUUUGAGUUUUGUCUGGGAAUGGAUGGUUAAUGUGUGAGCAGUUUUUCUUAAAUUUCAUUUUUUAUAUAUAUGUCUGGUACUUUUUACAAUUUUAUUUUUCCCCAAUUUGCUUCAGUUCAAGCCUGUCAAGAUUUCCUUGUACAUAUUUGAUCACAAAAGGCUGAUUUCUUCCUUUUUAGUAGUGAAAAGUAACUAUUAUUUUUUAAGUUACCAGCUUUGAAAAUAAAUAGAUACUUGGCAUGCA